UCGAUGAAUUUUACUGCAGUAAACCAAACUGAUGACUGUUUCUAUUAUACCUGUCCAGAGAGAUCUCUGUCUACUGCAGUAUAUGUGUUAUUGUGUAUGUCUUUAACAAGUGUUGUUUUGGUGACUGUGUGUGGGAACCUGCUCAUCAUCAUCUCUGUGUGUCACUUCAAGCAGCUCCACACACCAACUAACAUGCUCAUCUUAUCAAUGGCUGUUUCAGACUUUCUCAUCGGAGCUCUUGUGAUGCCACCAACAUUACUCCAAAUGAUUGAAUCAUGUUGGAUGUUUAGAAGAGUUUUCUGUGCAUUGUAUUUGUUAACUGCUUAUUUUCUCACAAGUGUAUCUAUAUAUAAUGUUGCUCUCAUUGCUGUUGAUCGGUAUUUUGCUCUCUCUAACCCUUUCCUGUACAACAAAACAGUUUCAGUGAGCAUAAUGUGCAUUGUGGUUUUAUGUGACUGGUGUAUAUCACUGUCAUAUAAUUUAACACUACAGUACUUCAGUCUAAAGUCAUUAGGUGGGACAAUAUGUUCCACAGGAUGUUUUUAUGUGCUAAAUGAGGUCUGGUCUCUGGUUGAUCUUCUGUUGACUUUUGUGUUUCCACUUUCUGUAAUAAUUAUAUUGUAUGUUUUAGUUUUUUUUAUUGCCAAGAGACAUGCCACUGCUAUUAGAGACCUUAAUAUUCAUACCUCUAAGAAUGCAUCACACUCAAAGAAAUCUGAGAGAAAAGCAGCCAAAGUUCUUGGCAUUUUAGUGUCUGUGUUUGUGGCCUGUUUACUUCCAUACUUUGUUUAUGCUGUAUUAGGUAAUGUAGUAGAAAUUGAUGGAGAAAUAUUACAGAAAUUUAUGAUGCUGGUUUUUCUUAAUUCUGCCAUUAAUCCAGUGAUUUAUGCUUUGUUUUACCCAUGGUUUAGGAGAUCUGUUAAAUUAAUUUUAACUCUUCAGAUAUUAUGUACUGACUCUACAUUUAUACAUAUUCUUUAG